AUGCGUUUCACUGCUGUUCUCACCGUGCUCAUGGCAUCUGUGGCAUCUUGUCAGAUGUCAGAGUCUUGGGGAAAAGCAAAGACAACCAUAAAUGGGCCGCUGGCAACAAGUGCAAAAGCUCUAGGGGAUGAGGUGACAAAGUUGUCUGGCAUGGCUGCUGGUGGAACUUCAAUAAACUUAGGAGAAAUGAAAAAACUUAUGAAUGGCUACAGUGACAAUUGGAAGGCCGCUGGUAAUGAUAUGAAGGGUAUCAACAAGGUUACUGAUGAGGUGGAUAUCUGUACCGUUUUCCCACCUGCGGUGGAAGCAUUCGUUGCUCUUUUGGGUCCCUGGGCUGACCUUGGUGAGAAGGCUGCUGCUCUCGACAAAAAAGGCCUUGUUAAUCACAACGAUGGUGGAAAAUUGCUGCUAAGGCCGCUCCAACUUAAUGUUCAAGACACUGUCAAUAUAGUCAAGAAGAAAGGAAUUAACUGCGGGGGCAAAUUGGACAUUCAACUGCCCCGACUCUUCAGCCCGGUUGGUAACAAGUGGGUUUGGGCACUUAAAAAAUAA